AUGAGCCCAACAGAACAGACUGAGCCGCCAUCACCUCACGUCACCGACGUGAUGUCUGCCGGACAGGAACAGCAACAGGACUCGCAGCGUACGUCGCCCGCGCGCCCGAACUCGCCUGUCUUUAAUGCGACGAUCGAACGCGGUCCAGAGUCUACUACUGGUGGUCGGCCUCGGCUGGUAUCCUCCGAUUCUGGUGACUACUUUGGUUUUUUGCACCACAAUUCGGACGACGAUGUUUGCGUGUUUGACGAGCCACCUGAGGUGCAUGUUCUUGGCGGUCGUUCCAAAGACUCUUGGCCUACACGCUUUGUUGAGUACGAUGUUGAGUUAAAGUACAAGGCUUUUCAAUGGAAAGUGGAAAUCUCUAAGUCAUCGAUCUCAAGUCUUUGGUUUCAUAUCAAGAGUCGUCCACAUUUGCGCCAUGCACCAUCGUCUGCAGCUGUUGUGGCAGCGGAAGAUCAUGGUAUUGGAUUAUCGGGUGUUCCGGAGCCAACGUCCUUAACCAAUGAAUCUCGGUGGCCGCAACUUCGCAAACUCUUUCUAGCGUCCGGAGAAAAAUCCGUGAGCCCCGAGAUGAUUAAGCUCGUGCAGCAGUUACUAGAUACGGUGGUGAAGAUACCGCGGCUGCUGCGAUCACCUGUCGUGGCUGCCUUGUUCCAGGUUAGCAACUCGACGUUUGACGAUGAAAUGGGCAGAACUUCUGUCCGGGAAGGUUGGUUAAAGACUCGUUUUUGGCUGAAAGGAAAUCGCGAGAAUGUACGGAUUAAUCAAGCCUCCAUGUCAUGCGACAACGAAUGCUUCAACUGCAUGUGCGUGGUAAAGCGGGUGAAUUUUCGCGCAAAACGUAUGCGCUGGGUCUCACUAAAGACUUCGAGUAUUGCCAUCUUUGACUCGAUUGAAGAUAAGGUUGCGCGCAAUGCCUUUUUGUUUGACAACAAGUUCAAUAUUGAGCGGGGUCUCGCUACCACUGGGUCGAGCACAACAUUGUUGGUCUCUAACGCAACAUAUGUACUUCAGAUGGAAGCGAAAUCGAAGCAUGCGCUUACAAUAUGGGCGAAUGAAAUUCGUCGAAUGGCGGAGGCCUCGAGCUGGUCACAAUUGCACCGUGAUGGGUCUUUUGCCAUUCCACGAAACCCGGUACACAUAACGUCGUUUGCACAAUGGUAUGUGGAUGGGAGUGACGCGUAUACAGCUAUGUUUCACGCUCUCCAGUCUGCCAAGAAAGAGAUUUUCAUUGCUGGUUGGUGGGUUUGCCCAACUAUUCAUCUACUGCGUCCCGCGGAGCAGUAUCCUGAGUCAAGACUCGACCUUGUGCUGCAAAAGAAGGCGGAAGAGGGCGUGCAGGUGUGCGUACUUAUGUACAAGGAGAUAUCGAUGGCGCUCACGCUGAACAGCCUGUUUUCAAAACAGGUUCUGAGCAAGCUGCAUAAGAACGUUCACGUGCUCCGCGAUCCCGACUUUUUGAUGAAGCAGUUAGGGUUGUGGUCACAUCACGAGAAGAUUGUAAGCGUCGAUCAGAGAGUGAGUUUUGUGGGCGGCCUUGAUCUUUGUUUUGGACGCUGGGAUACCCACGAUCACGAACUAUUUGAUGAACCAGGUAAGCCAACGAAUUUCUUGGGCAAGGAUUAUUCCAAUCCACGUGUCAAGGACUUUAUUGAGGUCGACCGUCCUGACGAGGAUAUGAUUGAUCGCAAUGUUGAGCCACGAAUGCCGUGGCACGAUUGUCACUGUCGCCUUGAGGGCCAACCAGCUCGUGAUGUGGCCCGCCACUUUGUUCAGCGUUGGAACUACUCCGUUUCAACCCGCAAGAAAUCUCGAAAACUGCAUCACCUCGUUCCAAUGAAAGACUAUCCAGUUACAAACAUUGACAAGCGUGCCCCACAAAAGCUGAAGAAGCGGCUGCAGAACGCAGUAUAUGCGGUGCGAGCAAUGCACGGAAUUUCAAGAGGUCGCGCGAACACCGAUAAUCGUGGCUUCAACAGCGAUCGACGGAUGGCGCGUCUGUUGAGCAGUCAGAACGAAGCGGGUGAUGUGCCUCAUACACAAGGUGAUAAUGCCGACGAAAUGCCAGACCUGCCUGACGAGAAUGAAAACAAUGAAGACUUUGAGAGACAUCAGCAGGAGGUUGCUUCUCGAGGAUACCAUGUUAACACGCAGAUCUUACGUAGCUUGUCGCUUUGGUCAGGAGGCGUGGCUACGGAACGCAGUAUUCAGAAUGCGUACAUUCAUCUUAUUGGAUCAUCAAAGCACUUUGUUUACAUUGAGAAUCAGUUCUUUGUAUCAGGGCUGGAAGGCGAUCACGGCUGUUCAAACCGGAUCGCCAGUGCUCUGGUGGAGCGAAUUACGCGCGCGUCUUACAAUAACGAAAAGUUUCGCGUCAUUGUAGUUAUGCCAUUGUUGCCAGCAUUUCCUGGAAAGCCUGAUGACAAAGACGCUAGUAGUUUACGAGGUGUAAUGCACUGGCAAUACCGUACAAUCUGCCGUGGCGAGCAUUCGAUUUAUCAGCGUUUGUAUCAAGAACUGGAAGAUGAUGAUCCGUUUAAGUACAUUGCGUUUUACGGACUUCGUAACCAUAUCAAUCGCGAAGAUGCUCAAGCCCGGACGGAGGAGGUGUAUAUCCACAGCAAGGUGAUGAUUGUCGACGAUCGAUCCUGCAUCAUCGGCUCCGCUAACAUUAAUGAACGCAGCAUGUGCGGCGAUCGCGACUCUGAGAUUGCUGUUCUCGUGGAAGACCAUGAGAUGGAGGAGACAGUUGCGAUUGCUGACGGUGCUUACCGUGUGGGUAAAUUUGGACACUCUUUUCGCAUGAAACUGUUCGAGGAGCACUUUGGCGUGAAGCCCGGCACGCCGCUUUACGAAAAGUACCAAGACCCAGUGGGCAAGGAUGCGUGGUUCUCUAUGCAAGAACAGGCGAUGAAUAAUUACCAGAUUUAUGACUCCGUGUUUGGCUGCCUGCCAUCCGACGGUGUUACGACUUUUGCUCAGAUCGAUUCGCACAUCCAGUCCGCGCAAGAACUUGACACUUCAGGCCAUGAGGAGACGGUUGCCGCGGUGUUGGAAAACGGCACUGGUACCACGGGUACCGUUAGCAACAAUGCAAGCCAUAUCCGAGCGUUGUCGUUGAGUGGUGCAUCCAUGUCAUCUCAAAACAGUGCAAGAGGGACCAGUGCAAAGGGGCACAAGUCGGCGUUCAGCGGCGCUAUGAAAGUGAACAUGAAGGAGAGGUCGCACAUUUCCCAGAAGAAGCACGAGCUAAGCAACGUGCAGGGUCAUAUCGUGUAUUUCCCGCUCAAGUUUCUCGUGGACGAGCAGCUGGAGCCGAAGCUCUUUCCGGCCGAACUUUUUCAGUAA